CUUUGUUAUACUGAACAACGUACACACACUCCAUUCUCUCUGGUCACAUUAUAAAAAUGAUUUUUCUCUUCUUCUUUCUCGUUAAUUCUGCUCCUGCACCACUUGUUGAAGCCACCAGUAAUGGCAAUGGAGGAUCCGUAUUUGAAGAGACCCGAAUCAAAAGAUCCGAUUUUCCUUCCGGGUUUCUGUUCGGAACAGCCACUUCUGCAUACCAAGUUGAAGGAGCCUAUCUUGAAGACGGAAAAUCCUUAAGCAACUGGGAUGUUUUUUGCCACUCUGUAGGCUGUGCAGAAAAUGGAGAGAAUGGAGAUAUUGCAGAUGAUCAUUAUCAUAUGUUCUUGAGAGACAUUGAGUUGAUGCACUCCCUUGGCAUACAAGCAUACAGAUUUUCGAUAUCUUGGGCUAGAAUUCUUCCAAGAGGAAGGUUUGGUGAAGUUAACCGUGCAGGCAUCAUGUUCUAUAACAAGAUCAUAGAAAAUUUGAUUCUCAAAGGAAUUGUACCAUUUGUGACGAUUCACCAUGUAGACCUUCCUCAAGAACUUGAAGACAGAUAUGGUUCUUGGCUAAACCCUGAAAUGCAGGAAGAGUUUAUAUAUUUAGCAAAAACAUGUUUCAAAUCUUUUGGAGACCGAGUGAAGUAUUGGAUCACCAUAAAUGAACCUAAAUUAGUCGCAGAACAUGCUUACCAAACGGGACUUUUUCCACCAUCGCGUUGUUCAGAACCUUUUGGAAACUGUCUUGACGGGAAUUCAGAUGUCGAGCCUAUCAUCGCUAUGCACAACAUGUUGUUGGCCCAUGGCAAGGCAGCCAAGCUAUAUCAUGAAUAUUUCCAGCCUCAACAAGGUGGCUCAAUUGGUAUCACUGUUCACGGUUACAUGUAUGAACCACUAACGGAUAGUGAACUUGAUCAUCAAGCUGCCAAAAGGGCAAUGGCUUUUAGUUUGGGCUGGACACUUGAUCCCUCCAUAUUUGGAGACUACCCGGAAGAACUCCAGAAAUAUCUUGGAACAAAUUUACCAAAUUUCUCCAUUGAUGAAAAGAAUUUUAUGAAGGAUAGUAUAGAUUUUAUUGGCAUCAACCAUUAUUCAACUUCAUAUGCUAAGGAUUGUACUAAUUCUAGUUGCUCUGCGACUUGGAACCGUGCAAUCAAAGCUUUUGUGGAGAUAGUUGGAGAGCGUGACGGCGUGCCUAUUGGUGAACUUACAGGGGUAGAAGGAUCCUAUGUUGUCCCUAGAGGCAUGGAAGAGAUUGUCAACCUUAUCAAGAUUCGAUACAAUAACAAGCCCAUGUUUGUUACUGAAAAUGUUCGGUUUGUUUGCAUGUUGUCUAUUUUCGAGCUGGGGGUCUCUCUGGAAGCAGCCUCUCUAUCCACAAUGAUAGGGGUAAGGUUUGCCUACAUCUCACCCUCCCCGGAUCCUACGAAUCGCUUUUGCUAUUGGUGGGAUUUACUGGAUACGGUUGUUGUUGUUGUUGUUGUUGUUGUUGUUGUUGUUGUUGUUGUUAGUAGAUAUGUCAGCCACUUGAAGCUUGGUUGGAACAAAUUUGUAACUAACUUUCUCGAAGCGACUAGUUCCCGUAAAAAGUGGUAACCAGGAUCAAUAUCUUUGGCACAUUAUGAGAAACAGGAUUUUGAGUAAGAAACAGAGCACUUUGAUUGUCACAUAAUUUGGUUUGGUGAUCUGCAUGAAGAGAGUGAAGUUCCUGAAGAAGAUGUGUUAUCUAGACAAUAUCUGCAACAGUGUUGGCCAUGGCCCUAUAUCCAGAUUCACAACUUGAUCGAGCAACAGUUGGUUGCUUUUUAGCACUCCACGAGAUUAAAUUGCCGCCUAAAAGUAUAGAAUAUCUUGAGCGAGGAGUCUCAAAACAUCUACCCCAAUCAGCAUCAGAGUAUCCAAGCAGAGAUGUGUGGGUGGGACGACGGUAAUGAAGACCAAAUGCAAGGGUGCUUAUAAGAUAGCGAAGAAUUCUUUUAACCUCCUGAUAGCGAGCAAUGGUUGGAGCAUGAAAAAAUUGACUAACUUGGUUUACAUCAUAUGAAAUGUCAGGUUGGGUGAUCUUUGAGUACCGGAGGGCUCUCACAGUAAAUUGAUAACGAUAGCAUCCGAAAAUAAGUCACAUGUUGACACAAAAGAGACAUCCGUGCUUAAAGGUGUUGGAGUAGGUUUGGCAUCCGACAUCUUUGCAUGUGUUAGAAUAUCCAAAGUAUAUUUAGACUGAUUUUAAAAUAUUCCAUUUGUAGUGUAGGUAAC